UCUGAUUGGCUGAGAGCUCCCUGGGGACUCGGUCACUUGGGGCACCGCUGCGGCCGCUCUAGCCGCCGUCCCGUGGUCUGGCCUCGUUGUUCCGGCUGCGAGCUCUCUAUGGUUGUAGCAACAUGUGGCGCCUCCCUGGGCUCCUGGGCCGAGCUCUUCCCCGUCUGCUGGGACCUGGCCUCCGGGGGUUGACACCCAAGUCGACCAGCUCAGAUGGGACUCAGGCUACCUCCUCUGGCCUGCUGCUCCCUGUGCCCAGCCUUGACAGAUCUGGCUCCUAUGGCCCAGGCGCAAACAGGGGCCCAAGGUCCCGUGGAUGGAAGGAUGCUUUCCAGUGGAUGUCUGCCCAUGUCUCCUCAAACACCCUGUGUGAUGCCAUAUCUUGGGGCACUCUGACGGUGCUGGCCCUGCAGCUGGCGAGGCAGAUCCACUUCCAGGCGUCCCUGCCAGCAGGACCUCGGCAAGUGGAGCACAGCUCUUGGCACAGGCCCCUGGACCGUUUCCUCUCAUCUCUCUUGUGGCGCUCGCACUCCUCGCUGCGGAGGCACAUUCUCCCCUUUCCUGAUAGCCCAGCUCCCCAGCACACGGGCCUCAGAGAAGCCAGGGGCCGCCGAGAAGAACCAGCAACUCAGACUAAGCACGUCUCCUCACACAGCUCUGCAAGAGCAGCUGUUCUUCAGGACCCCUCUGAGGAAGGUCCCGGGGAUUUUGCCUUCCUGCAUGCCAGCAGUAGCUUCGAGACCAAGGCAGAACCAGCCCAGUCUGGGCCUGCUGGGGAUAGGAAGGGACAAGAUCAAUCAAAAACUCUUCCCCUUGAGGAGGCUGUGAAUUCCAUUCAGCAGCUGUUCCAGCUCACUGUUUCCAUCGCUUUCAACUUCCUGGGGACAGAGAACAUGAGGAAUGGGGACUACUCGGCGGCCUUUUCUUAUUUCCAGAAAGCUGCAGACCGCGGCUACAGCAAAGCCCAGUACAACACGGGCUUGUGUCAUGAGCAUGGCAGAGGCACCCCCAGGGACCUCAGCAAGGCGAUCUGUUAUUAUCAACUGGCUGCUGGCCAAGGCCACAGUCUGGCUCAGUACCGCUAUGCCAGGUGCCUAUUGCAAAACCCAGUCUGCUCCUGGGAGCCUGAGAGGCAGAGAGCAGUGUCCAUGCUGAAGCAGGCUGCAGACUCGGGCUUGACAGAGGCCCAAGCUUUUCUCGGGGUGCUUUUCACCAAGGAGCCGUACCUGGAUGAACAGAGAGCUGUGAAAUAUCUCUGGCUUGCGGCCAACAAUGGGGACUCACAGAGCAGGUACCACCUGGGAAUUUGCUAUGAGAAGGGCCUCGGCGUGCAGAGGAACCUGGGACAGGCCGUGAAGUGUUACCAGCAGUCAGCGGCUCUGGGAAACAAGUCUGCCCGGGAGCGGCUGCGGACCCUCUUUUCCAUGGACACAGCAGCCCCGGGGCCCAGGGACCUGGCAGUCACGGGACUGAAGUCUUUCUCUAGCCCCUCCCUCUGCAGUCUGAAUACGCUACUGGCAGGAGCCUCUCGCCUCCCACACGCCUCGAGCACAGGGAACCUCGGUCUGCUCUGCAGAAACGGGCAUCUCGGAGCCAGCCCCGGAGCCCCCAGCAGGACUCUUCACACCCUUACCCCUUGGAAAAGAGUCUUGUAAGACUGGGUUUUGGCUAAGGAGUUUCUUGCCUGAGUGCCUGGAUAUGUCUGCUGACUUUUUCAGGCCUUACUUCAGCCCCAAAGAUGGAACCUGUGGGUACUCAGACGUCAUAACUUGAGUUUCAGAGAUGAGGCCAGUUACCCACCCACUUUCUCCAAAACCUUACACCUGCGCCAGCACAGUGACGAGGAACGUGUGUGAAGACUCAGAUUCUGGCUCAGCCACCUGCCUGGCCCUGUCACCUGGUUUAUUACCUUGUUUCCUUGGUUAUAGACCAAGGGCGUCGGUGUCUGCCCUCUACAGGGCUGACGGGGUAUUUCACUGCCUGGAGAGACAGCGAUGCCCAUGGAGACAUGGCUUUACGAAUUGCCGGCACCAUGAGGACCAGGGCCUCCUGACUCCCAGCCCAGGGAUUUUUUCUAACAGUUCACACCAUAAUUUUAUAUGAAACCGUAAUUACCAUCCUGCCGUCAUGUGGGAGUAGAUGGAGAUGGAGCAUGGAAGUCUUGGAGCAGGAGAGUAUAAUUUUGAGGUCCUCGUUGGGGAGAGGUAUGCCAGAAAUGUAUGGUGUUUAAUAAAACAGAUCCUGGAUUAUCUCA